CCUCAUCAUAAUCCAAAAAUAGAUCACUAACUUCAAUGGUUAAUUUUGUAAGACUAACAUCAUCUUUAUCGGUUUAGUUUUAACUGUUGAAAGAACUGAUUAAAUUUUCAAUUAUGUCUAUUAAACUGAUUGCAAUUAGUUUAAUUGUGCUUGGUUGCAGCCUUAUUGUUACCUCAUUGCCUACUCAAUGUCCAUCUACAUGUGAUCCAUCUAAGUGUCUUGAGCCAGUUGAUUGUUUUGCUGGACUAAUUAAGGAUAAAUGUAAUUGCUGUUCAAUCUGUGGACAAUUUGAAGGGAAUCGAUGUGAUUUGGUAACAUCAAAAGGUCUCAAUGAAUCUCAUCGUGUAUACGGAGAUUGUGGUGAAAAUCUUGAAUGUCGACUUCGUGAUGAUCUGGAUCCCUCUGAGCCCGAUGAAGCUCUGUGUUUCUGUGUCAAGACGGAAAUGGUCUGUGGGUCGGAUGGUCAAACAUAUGAUAACCUUUGCCAGUUGAAUGAGGCUCGAUAUAAGAGACGAGAUGGAUUAGUACCAAAUAAUUAUGGUCCAUGUCAAUCAGCUCCCAAAAUUGUGUCCAAACCGGAAAACUUGAACGGCUCCUUGGGCGAUAAUACUGCUUUCAUGUGUCAGGCCAUUGGUUGGCCAAUACCGACCAUUACCUGGAGGGUUUUACUCAAAAAUACUCAUGAAGUUAAACAGUUCAACAAUCUACCAGCUGAUGAUCCUCACAUCGCUGUCCAAUAUCGAGGUGGGUCCAAACCUCUCGAAGUGACCAGUUGGCUUCAGAUCAUUGGUGUUCGGGUCAACGAUGAGGGCGAAUAUCAUUGUAUUGCUACAAAUGAACUUGGAGAUACAUUUAAUUAUGGGGUGUUAACGGUUACUCAUGAUAAACCAUUUAUCUCCAGUGAAAAAUCAGUUAAUCAUGUUAACAAAGAAUAACAAUUUAAGGUUAAUUAAAUUAUUGAAUCAAAGUUGAAGAGAAAAAAAAAGAUCAACACAAUUUGAUUUUUUGUUUGAUUCAUUGUUUUUUGUUUGUUUCUUUACUCUUUAUAUACAUAAUAUUUCAAUAAUAAUAAUAUAAUUAAUAUAAUAAUCAUAAUAAUCAAUAAUAAUAUAAUUAUAAUGUUUGAUGGCCUAAAA